UUGUGACAGCUGGGAAUUGUUUACAGCGCGACUGAACCUAUAUGAACGGAUGCGACCAGUAGACCACACGAGGCUGCUACAGCCCGCAGUUUGUAGAGGCCCGGGCUAGGGAUGGUGGUGACGCACUCGCCCGGCAAUCCAUUUGCUCGAAUAAAGCAGACGAGGCCCUUCUUGUCCGUGGACGAAAACUACACCCCGGCGACACCAGCUACAACCGUCCCAGCACGCAUCGCAACACCAAGCAAGACACCACAGCAGGAAGUCUUCAAGCUCGAGUAUCAGCUCAAAGCCUUCAAAGAUGCUGCAGAGCGGGAGAAGGUCGUCACAGCUGCUCGCAUCAAUGAACUAGAGCAAAAACUGCUGAGUGAAGGCAAAAAGAACGACAAAGCUGAAGCUGAUAAACGAUUUCUUUUUGAUUUACAAGCAAAGCAAGCUGCAGAAUUAUCUUCAGUUCGGGAAGAGCUUGCGGAAUCUAAGUCUACUACAGAAGCGACCAUCAGUGAGCUUCGAAAGUCAUUCAGCGUUCUGCAAGAUGCGAAACUCGAUAUGGAAGAGACUCAUAGGACAGAGACGCGUGAACAGGCUAGGGAGAUUGAACGCAUCGAGUCGGCCCUCAACAAUCAACGCCGAGCUAUGGACACGCUGAAGGCUGACUUGACGAGCAAAAAUGAUGUUCUUGCUUUGCGUAACGCAAAGAUCCAGGAACUUGAGGACGAACUCGCCAGCAAGGCUGCGAUUUCUACAGGACCAUCGUCGGAGGAGCUGUCCUUCCUGACUGAACAGCUGCGCGACAGUAAUGAGCGCGUAAGGAAGCUUGAAAUCACCUGUGGUGAACAGACGGCGGACCUCAACCACUUGAAAGAGGUCAACCGCUCAUUAACUAUCGUUGCUGAGGAAAACACAACUCUUCAGACAAAGUUGGCACACAUGGACGCUUUACAAGAGUCCUUGGCCAAAGCUCAAGUUGACCUGGAGGCGCUUGCAACUGAGCGGGAGACGUACGCGCAAUUUCUGCAUGAUGGGGAGACUGUUGCAGAUGUUGGCAAGGCCUUGGAGCGGCAGAAACUGGUUGCGGAUACUCUCACAAGCCAACUGACCCUGCUAGAAAAUCAGCUCGAAGAGACCAAUACCCUUGUCAGCUCACUACAAGCAGAGCUGAAUACCAACAAAGCUGGCUACGAGGCUGCCAAGGCUGAGCUCACGCUCGAAAAGCGAAACGCAUUGCGGUUGGAACGUGCAAGGUCCAUGGUUGCACGCGAAGUGUCUUUCUUACGUGCACAGCUUGCUUCAUACGACCUCGAGGAACGCAUGGAUCAGCCAAACUAUGAUGCGUUGAAAUCGAAACGUCUGACAGAAUUGGAGGCGAUGCUCGAUUCUUGCCGAGCCGAACUUCUGCAAGUCAAGGAAGAGACUAAAGAGGAGGAGAAGAUCAAGCUUGGGACCAAGCGGCCGCGCGAAGAUGAGACCGAUUUCAACCACAUCGAACGAGGCGAAUAUUUGCGUAAGAUUCGCAGCUUGAAUGCAGAACUCGAGAUUACACGGAAGCAAGAUGAAUUGCUUCGCAAAGACCUCGAUGCACUACGACAAAGCACCGCUUCUCAACGGCCCGAGAGGGUACUCGAAUUCAAGGGAAAUCCCACCACGCGAUUCCAAGCUAUCAAGGCACAGACUCUCAAGGACCUGGAGACAGAGAACGCUGCAUUGCGACGGCAGCUUGAGGGCAAAGGUGAGGUGACUGUGCCUGUCCAGUCUCUUCGAAAUGCAGAAACGACGGCACAAAGACUCGAACAGGCCAUUGCUCAAAAGGAAAAAAUGAUUAAGCGUCUCAAAGAAGUCUUUCAAGCAAAGUCGAGCGAGUUUCGUGAGGCAGUCUACGCCUUGUUGGGGUACAAGCUGGACUUCCUGCCCAAUGGUCGCGUCCGACUGACUUCCAUGUAUGCUGAGCACAAUGACCACGCUUUCAUCUUUGACGGCGAAGAAGACACGAUGAAAAUAGCAGGGGAGGUGCAGGGCAACGAAGCGUUCAUGCAGAUGGUCGACAACCUUAUUAAAUACUGGUCUGGAGAAAGGAAGAGCAUUCCGGGUAUGCUUGCAGCCUUGACAUUGGAGCUGCUUGAGAAGGAGGCAGAGCUGCAGCAACAACAGCAGCAGCAGCAACAAUAGCAGCAGUAGUAGGAAUUUGCCGUGGAGGUUAUUGGUAAAAACGAUAAAUGUACAAAAGGAAUACCACACUGCAAGAU